CCUCAUUUUCCCAAGCCCCUUCCCGACUAGCUGCCAUCACCACCACCACCAACCAUGGAGUUGCAGGUGGCCCCGCCUAUGCCUCCGGCUGACUUCAUCUUCGACAGCACCUGCUCCUCCCCUUCCAGCCCCCGCCGCCUCCCCAACCUCUUCUUCAGCGCCCCCGCCAGUCCUACACCUACGGUCUUCCCUGAUGCCGCCGCUGCUGGUGAUAUUCAAGACUUCGAGUUUGAUUUCAGUGGCCAUUUACAGAGGACUUCUCUCUCUGCCGACGAACUCUUCGACGGCGGCAAGAUUCGCCCCUUGAAGCCUCCACCGUCGCCCCGGUUGAAGUCUGAGGAGGGGCUCCAUUCAUCUUCCUCGACCAGGUCCAAGGGAAAGAAAAUCAUUCAGGAUCGAAGAGAUUUUGGUUCUGACUCGUUUGAGAAAACCAGAAAACUGGAAGACCGAGUAGAACAAGAGCAACAAAAGCGAGGGAGAUCAGGAAGGGCUUCUUCGUUCUCAUAUUCGUCGGAGAAUUCAGGGCGUAAAGGAAGCAGAUCGGCGCCUCCUUUCAGAAUCUCCGACGCAGACGACGUCUCCGAUCAGGACUUGUCCCAAGCCAAGGCAACUUCUUCUUCAACAAGCAACACGAAAUCAUCGCACGCUUCCUUCUUGUCAUCACUUUCGUUCUCAAAAGGGUACAGAAAAUGGAGAAUAAAAGAUUUUCUACUGUUCCGGAGUGCAUCGGAGGGACGCGCCGCCGGUAAAGACCCAUUAACGAAGUACGCGGUUCUGUCAAAGAAAGCGGAAGAGGAAGUAAGGAACAGCAGUUUCCGGUCGACGGAGAGCUUGGGUUCGGUGUCAUCAAGACGGAGAGGAGCGGUUUCACCCCAUGAGUUGCAUUACACAGUGAACCGGGCGGCUUCGGAAGAGAUGAAGAAGAAGACGGUGCUGCCUUACAAGCAGCUCGGACCUUUAGGAUGCCUGGGAUUCAAUCCUAGUCUCCAUCGGAUCAUCAACUAGCCAAAUUGCCGCCUCCUUCACACGUUUAUAUAUAUAUAUAUGAUCCCCAUUUCUUGUUUCACAAAACUACCAAUGUUCCUGAUCUUCUCCUCCUUCUUGAUUUUGGUUGGAAAAAAAAAAAAGAUUUUGAUUAAGUAACGUGGUAGCGUGUUCUUUCAUCUUGUCUCUGUUUC